UGGUAAAACCUUGUGCAGUUUCCGCACUGGCAUAAAAUAUGAUUUUUCCCCGUUUUCUGCACGAUUAAAUGAAUUUAAAACUAUAAACGUCUCCUGAAAAUUAGCCUGUUUUGCUAUGUGAUAGUAAUUUAGUAAAUGUAUGUACGUAUUUAUGCUACUUAAGUUCUUUACUAUUAAACGAAAUACGCUAUCGUGUCGUGUCGCUGUUGCCCCGCCCAAUUUGUGUUACAAACAAUUUUGAACUCAGCAUCUCAACUAUUCACAGCUACAGUAUAUUCAUCAAGAUCAGCAGUGCAUUAUAAAAAUAUCACUUAAAGGGUUACUAUAUAGACUUAAUUUUAAUUUCGCUUCUUUUUAUUUGAUUUUAUUCAUCUUGCCCCACGUUCGCCGCUUUGUUUAUUUUACUGAUAACCGCCUACUUAACCACAAUAAAUCCGUACAACCAACCUGUCAACCAACCAACCUACCGACCAACCAACCAACCCUACAACCAUUCAAUGGUAUACAUAAACGCAUAACUGCCCAUGAACGCGUUUGCGCCGCCUACCAACAUUCACCAGAUGAAAUGAUUAUUGAGAAGGAGCACUAUGCAAUGAUAGGUGACAGCCUGGAUUUGGCCUUCGUUGAUCUAAUGGGCAUGGAACCGUUCUACACCGAUCGUAAUCCCAAACCCCGGGUACCUACACCAACACCUGAAGAAAUUGCUGCAGCCGAGGCUGCAGCUGCUGAAGCAGAAGCGGCGGCCCAAGCAGCUGCUGAAGCGGCCGAACGUGGUGAAACGGUUGAGGGUGGCUCACCAGCUGCUGAAGGAGCACCAACAGCCGGUGAAGGUGCUUCUGAAGGUGCUGAAGCUGAGGCUGCCGUUGAGCCAGUAGUAAAGGAACCUACACCUCCACCACCACCGCCACCACCAUUCGAAUAUGCCAUCGAUCUGCCACCAGAGGGCGCUGAAGUGCCAUACGUAAAGAACUUCGACCCCAGCACUGUGCCACCACCAACGGAGGAGGGCGCGGCACCAGCUGAAGGUGCCCCAGCUGUAGAAGGUGCUGCACCGGCUGAAGGCGCGCCUGCUCCAGCUGUCGAGGGUGUCCCACCAGCCGAAGGAGCACCAGCACCACCGCCAGCAGAGGGCGCUGCUCCUGCGGCCGAAGGCAUUCCAGCGCCAGCAGCUGAGGCGGCCCCUGCUGCAGACAGUGCUCCUGCUGAUGCACCAGCUGCUGCGCCUGCAGAGGCGGCACCCGCCCCUCCUGCUGAUGUUCCUGCCGAAGCGCCACCCGCUUAAGGUUUUCUGGGAUGACUAAACAAAGCUGGACGAGUUAUUUAUAUAAAAUAGAAUACUGUGAUUAACUGCGACUUCUUAAAAACAAAAUAAAUUUGGAUGCCAAAAAUGUAUUAACUCGUAUCAAUUUCAAUUCGGCUCGGAUACGAAACAUGCUCGACGAUUUCUGAUAUGUUGCCUGGAAUGGUCUGCUGCACUUGUGUGUGUUUAAAUGUCGCGUAUUCCCAUUUGCCUGUCUAACAAAAAAGAUUCCUACUAGUAACCAGCCAAAAAAAAAAGUGCAACCAACCCUUCAUUCUGUUAAACCCUUAUUGAUUAUAUUUUAACAUUCAUAUAUUUUAAAUUGGCUCUAAUUUAAGUUUUGCUAUACACUUUAUUUCUGAUUAAUUUGCAUUUUAUAUUUUUUGAUCUUCUUACUGCUCGCAUGUCCUUGCUAUCUUCUUGCAUUUUGGCUCAUCAAACCAUCAUGCCAUCUCUAAUCACAAAAUUAAAAACCACGUCGAUAAUGCAUCAAUAACACUUGAAAACGUUUGAUCCUGAA